AUGAGAGUAUGUAUGUUAAGAUCUGGAAUAGAAGAAGAACACACAGAAAAAGACAACCUCUGUCAAAAUAUUCAUUGCCUUAGGAUCGAGUUUAGAGGUAAAAAGUCAGAAAAGCAAAAGAAAAAUGAAGGUAUAGAAAAACGUGACUUUUGGGCCAAUCAGAGCUACAUACAUUUCAAUAAGGAGAAUAAUAGUUCUGAUUAUCUUGAGGUAGAAGAUAUGUGCAUUGAAGUGGAAAACAUUCCACAAGUAGAGGAAGCAGAGACCACUGGCAGUGUCUUACCUGACCAUAUUAUUAGUUUUAUCGAGCAAUGCAAUGCAAUGCUCGACGAGCAUCUAGCAUUAUUUUAUGAGGUACCUACGAUGUCUAACUGGUGUAUGAAAAAACCUCUAUCAGAUAAAGAAUUGCAAGAAAUAGUCGACAAUUGGAAUGAUAGUGAAGACGAUUGUGAUGUAAGUGAUAUUGAGAACUUAAAUGAUGAUGUAGAUUUAGAAAAUAUAGACAUAUCAAAGAUUCCAGUAGUAUUUGAAGAUGAGUUGAGUGGGGCAGAUCUGGAAAAUACAGCAGAAAAUGACGGAGAACAAAUAGAGAAUAUCGUAGACAUAAGAAAUGAAUUAGAUGAAAACGUUAAUGAGACCGAAAACGAAUAUAAGAGGGAAGACUUAGAUUAA